UUGAGAUUCUGCUUUUAUUUGCAUAAUUCUUAUAUGCAGUUAUGUAGUAAUAUAUGCCAGAACACAGAAGUACAGUACUAUACAGUAUAAUCAGCAAAAGUUAUAUUACUGCAUAUAGAAGGAGCCGCCGUAAGGCUGCCCUGCUGCUCACAUUCCUGCGUUUUAAGUCCAAAUGCAGGUUGUAAGUCCAAAUAGUGCCUUGGUUAUUAGCCUGAAAGGAAUAUGAGGAAUAUCUGUAUUACUUUUGCUUUAAACAAUUCUUAUUGUCUACUUUUUAAUCAGAUUUUAUUGGUACCCUUGAGAUACACGUAGUGAUCACAUUCACCAUAGAGAAUCUGUACUUGUGUAUGAUAUACUUGAUUCUUUUUUUCCCAUUCCCAUCCUCCCUUCAGCCCCUCCUCCACUCGCCAUUUACCAAAGCUAUAUUUCCAUUAUUUCCUUUUUUUCCUUUUACCUUCUUUCCUUCCCUCUCCCCAGUCCCCAUUUUCUUUCCUUUUUUUUUUAAGACAGGGUGCCACUAUGCAGUUCAGAUUGGCCUCGAACUCAUGCCAAUCCUCCUGAGGGUAUUUUUUAAAGGGUGAAAGUUAUAGAAACUUUCACCUACAGAAAGUAAAAUAGUGUGAUGAACCCAUAUGCAACGUCUGUCACAAUUUUUAGUCUUAUUUCAUCUCUACUCCUACCCACUUAAUGACAUUAUUUCUAAGGCAGAUUCUUUCAUCAAUAUCUUCAGUUUUUUUCUUUUGGUUGGUUUGUUUGUUUGAGACACGGUCUCACUCUGUAGUCCAAGCUGGCCUUGAACUCAGAGCGAUCCUGCCUCAACCUCCCAAGUGCUGGGAUUACAGGUAUCCACCACCAUGCCUGGUUCAGUAUGUUUCCAACAAGUGAGCUUCUAUAAAUAUGAUCACAAUGCCAUAAUCAUACCUAAGAAAAUUAAUAACCCUAAAUCUCAACUAAUACUCAUUGUGUUUUUAGAUUGCCCCAAAUGUCUGGGAAGGUGAAUGGAGGCAAACACACAGUACCUAGGAGAGAGGGCUGGGGUACAGAAAGAGCAGGGACUUGGCAUCUUCACCACAGCUGGCAUCACAGCUAUAGAUGGAACUGCCAGGGCAGUUUACAUAGCUGUUGUCAGGCAGCUGGUCAACUUUGACAAAAGUAAUAAAAACAAACGUGUGGGCCACAAACACCUGUGUGUCCCUGAAGUAUAGCUCACCGCACCCACUGCAGAUGCCUACUGUGCCGGGGCGCCUGCCCUGCACUAUCAGUUAUCAAAGUUCAUCCUAACUGUUGUCAAGGUUAGUACUGUUGAUCCAAAGGAGCAGACAAGGAGAACCGAAACCUAGAGUUUCAGGAUCAUGCUCAGGUAGGACACGUCGGGAAACAGUGACUGUGAUUACCCCACACUGCCCACGUGGCUGGCUAGUGUGAAAGCACUGAGACAGGUGGACAGCGACUGCUAGGAGUGAAGGAAGGGUGUGGCUGCAUCUUCUGUCCUCAGGGGCCACCUGGAGUCGUCUGCCGCUGGCCACCACUCCCAGCAGGAGGGGAGCUUGCCCGGCCUGCUGUGCCCAGUCCCUCCCCGGGAGGACAGCUGCAGGUCUGGAAGAAGGGGCGCUCCCAAGUCAGCCCCUGUCUUCUGCACACCCUGAGCCGUGUCCCUCUGCUCUAGGAUGGGCCUGAACUGAGCCCGGUGCUGCUUUACAGACUGAAUAAUUUAGGCCCCAGCGGCCUGCGGUGUCAGUGUCAGUUGCGCUGCUCCCGUGGCGCAGGUGUCCCAGCCUCCUAAUUAAGCUAACAGGCAAACGGGGAGGGGCCGCUGUCCGCCCUUCAGCCCUGGGCCGAUGUGAGUCUCCCCUGCUUCUUGAUCUACCAGGAGCAGCAGGCUCAUCUGAGCCCGGGAACCAGGAGUAGAGGACGUGAGUCAGGGGGCCUGAAAUAGAAGGAGAAAGGGAGAGCGGAAAGAGGCAGGCAGAGGAAGGUCAGAGCAGGGAGGCAGGGAGACCAAGUCGUUAGGGCGAAGACGGACAGAACUUGAGACAGCAGCGAAGAGGGGGAGGAACAGGAAUAGGAAAGGGCAGAGGCCAAGGCUGGAGGAUGAAAGGCCCAGCAGAGGCGAACCGGCAGAUGCCAAUGAGCAAACACUAACAUCCACAAGCAGGUGCAAAACAGGGUCAGAUAACCUGAAGGGCAACAGGGCUCCCCAGAGAGUAGCUGGGCCACGGAGGAUCUCAGCCUUUCCAAUUGCCAGGUACUGUCCACGCCGCCUUUGCCAGCAAGGGCGGGUUCCGUCCUAGGUCUGGCCAGAAGACCUGCCCCACCUCCGGCUGUGGCAGAGCCAUGGGGCCCAGAAGCUACCACCUCUGCCUUGGCCUUCUGCUCCUGCUCCUACUUCCUGCAGAGUGCUUUGGAGCUGAGGGCAGGCUGGCUCACAAGCUGUUCCGUGACCUCUUCGCCAACUACACAAGUGCCCUGAGACCGGUGGCUGACACAGACCAGACUCUGAAUGUGACCCUGGAGGUGACCCUGUCGCAGAUCAUCGACAUGGAUGAGCGGAAUCAGGUGCUGACCCUGUACCUGUGGAUCCGGCAGGAGUGGACAGAUGCCUACCUACGAUGGGACCCUGAUGCCUACGGUGGUCUAGAUGCCAUCCGCAUCCCCAGCAGUCUUGUGUGGCGGCCGGACAUUGUUCUCUAUAACAAGGCGGACGCGCAGCCGCCGGCCUCGGCCAGCACCAACGUGGUCGUGCGGCACGACGGCGCGGCCGCCAGCCUGGCGGACUUCGUGGAGAACGUGGAGUGGCGCGUGCUGGGCUUCCCCGCGCGGCGGCGCGUGCUCACCUACGGCUGCUGCUCCGAGCCCUACCCCGACGUGACCUUCACGCUGCUCCUGCGCCGCCGCGCCGCCGCCUACGUGUGCAACCUGCUGCUGCCCUGCGUGCUCAUCUCACUGCUCGCGCCGCUCGCCUUCCACCUGCCCGCGGACUCGGGCGAGAAGGUGUCGCUGGGCGUCACCGUGCUGCUGGCGCUCACCGUCUUCCAGCUGCUGCUGGCCGAGAGCAUGCCGCCGGCCGAGAGCGUGCCGCUCAUCGGGAAGUACUACAUGGCCACCAUGACCAUGGUCACUUUCUCAACAGCACUGACCAUCCUCAUCAUGAACCUGCAUUACUGUGGUCCCAGUGCCCGCCCAGUGCCAGCCUGGGCUCGGGCCCUCCUGCUGGGACACCUAGCCAAGGGCCUGUGCGUGCGGGAACGGGGCGAGCCCUGUGGGCAGUCCAGGCCACCCGAGCCAGCCCCUAGCCCCCAGCCCCCUGCUGGCCGCCCAGCAGGCCCUUGCCACGACCCACAGUGUCUGUGUCACCAGGAAGCACUACUACACCACGUGGCCACCAUUGCCAGCACCUUCCACAGCCACCGGGCUGCCCAGCGCCGCCACGAGGACUGGAAGCGCCUGGCCCGCGUGAUGGACCGCUUCUUCCUGGGCAUCUUCUUUUCUAUGGCACUGGUGAUGAGCCUGCUGGUGCUGGUGCAGGCCCUGUGAGGGGCUGGGGCUGGGUACCAGG